AUGUUGGACCUUUACAAUACAUUCAUUACGUAUAAAAUGGAAGGUCAAUUUAUUGCAGAUAAAGAAAUUGGUUCAGGUUCCAAUAAAACAAACCCACCAGGAUUUUGGAUUGGUUUCGAUGACGCUUUCUAUGCAGUUGCUGGAUAUCAAAUCCUUGCAAAUGGUCGUAUCGUAUAUUCUCAAGACAACGCAAGAGAAGAAGCAUAUAUAACUUCAAACUCACAAACUACCGAACAAAUAAAGAAAGUAGAUGUUUUCUCAAAGACUCGACAUGAAGAUGUAUGGAGUCAUUCGGGAACAUGCAGAACAGGACAAAUUGUUAGUGGUCCAAUUACAGCAGGAAAAUCAUUUGAUUUUAAGCUUCGUUUAAGAAUUCCUGUUAGAAGAUUCCAUCCAUUAGAAGCUAUUCGAUUUAUUCCAGCUUUUGCAGGAAACAUUCAGCUUAAAGUAAAGUUCAGUAGCGACGCCUUACAAUGCAUAUCUAUAUCUGUAAAUGAUAUCAUUGCUUUCAAUCCAACUCUUAAAGUUGCAUUUGCUUCAGAUUCAAAUCCACCGACAAAUAAAUUUGUUCCAUGGAAUGAACCAUUCACUAUGAUAACGAAGGCAAUAGAAGCUAGUGGAACAGUUACUAUUACAACUGUAACCCAGCAACUAUUUCGAACAAAGAUGGAUUUUAAUGAAUGUUUCAUUCAUCCAAAGUCAUUCUCUUUAGACCCUAACAUUUAUACAGAACUUGUAGAACAUUAUACAAACGAGGCUUUAUGUUUUCCUGUUAAAGUUAUGGAUUGGAUUCCUAUGGACGGUUCAUUCUCAAAGAAUACAGAUA